AUGAGCAAACGACAAUUCAAAUCACAAGCCAGCAGCGGCCGGGCUGGAGGCGGAUUUGGAGCCUUUGGAAGCGCUGGUUUCGGAUCCUCGCAGGCAUCGACGCUCUCUUGCAUUCAGGAGCCGCCCGAUUAUUCUCUCAUCAGUGAUUCGAACUUGGUCGUGGCCUUCAAGAAUUUGUCCAAGAAAGACAGCACGACCAAGGCGAAAGCGCUAGAAGAUCUCCAGGCCGCGUUGAUCUCGAAUAACAGCGACGUCGAGGACGCGGUUGUCGAAAUAUGGGUGCGUCUUAGUAUGUUGUCGAUCGUGAGCGUAGGUAGUGACGGAUCCCUUCUAGGUCAAACUCUUCCCUCGCCUUUCCAUUGAUAGCGCGCGACGAGUACGUCAACUAGCCCACAACUUCAAUGGACAACUGUGCGCCAAAUGUGGCAAGCGAAUAGCCAAGCAUUUGCCACGCAUGUCAGGUCCGUGGCUGGCCGGCACUUUUGACGUGGAUCGAGCCGCUGCGAGAGCUGCUCAAGACGCCCUUGCCACCGUGUUUCCAACCCCAGAAAAGUCGAUUGGCCUACGGAAGACCUUCCAGGAAUCUAUACUGGAAUACUGUAAAGAAGCACUCCUCAAUGAGACAGUGCAGACUCUCAGCGACGAGCGCACUGUCAGCAAGGACGAUGCAGAAGCUACUUACGCCCGAGUCGUCUCGACAAGCAUCGCCGUUGUCACAAGCUUGCUGGAGACACUACCAACAGAAGAGGUUUCGAAGCAUAACCAUGUGUAUGAGCUCGUCCUCGGCGACGGCAGAAUCUGGGAUCUGGCAUCGCAUUCUGACGCUGGCGUCCGUCGAGCGAUACACCGGCUUGUACAAACAUGUCUCGCAAGAACUCCCGAUCUUAUCGAGAAUAACCUCAAAGCCGUGAGCAAAGCAUAUAUCUAUAAGGGGCUAACAUCCGACCAGACCAGCUCAGCUUUGGACUUCGUACAAACCUUGGAUGCUCUAACCACAAAGUAUCCUUCUUUGUGGACAGAUUAUUAUUCUGGCAAGAAGUCUGCGAUCUCUCGUCUGCAACAAGGCCUUAAGCAUGGCUCGCAUUCGAGUACAGCAGCAUACUGGUACUCAAUGGCUAAUGUUCUCCGAAACUUACCAGCGGAGACGCUGCCCACAACUUACGAUGAGGUUGCAGACUUGCUGGUUGCGGCUCGAGACGGCGUUGCGAGGAAAGAAGAACGUUUCAAUGCAUCGUCUGCAUGGCCAACGUACUUCACAUUGGUCCAUGUAGUGACAACGCCACUUCCUGAUUCUGUUUGUGAAGACCUGCUGGAGGCUUUUGCUAUGCCACCGAUAAACCAGUACUUGCACCCUGCCGAGGAGAGCGCAAAGUGGAGUAUUAUCGGUGCCAAAGCUGCUUCUCUUGUGUCACGCGCAGCUUUGGUAAAGCGGCUCCCGCCUUUGCUCGAGCGCAAAUGGCCUCAUUUGGCGGAAAAGCUGAUUGAGGCGGCGAGGAUGUCUCAGCCGGAACAGUCAAAGGACUUUGAUAAAUCGCAGAAACACGUUGCAUCUUCAGGAGAACGCUGGGCUGGGCUUCAGCGAGAUUUUUAUGCCGGAGACUAUACCCUGCCAGAGUCCCUGAAGUCGACUUUCCUUAGUUCAAACCUAGAAAUUCUGAAGGGAUGCACGUCGCUGCUCAAGAGUCGUAAUGGGAAGCCUUACGGUGCCGCUGCUAUCAUCGAGGAGCAAUUACGAGCAUGCGGCUCAAUUUUCAUGAGCGAUGAAGAGUUUAAACAGAUUCUGAUGGCAUUCGUGCAAGACGAGCUUCCAAAAAUCAUGUUCAGUCCAUCACAAAGGCAUCUGGCGCGCUGCCUCUAUGCCGUGAAAGAUCUGCCGGAAUUUCAGAGCGCCUUCGAGGCUACACUUGCAGCGAUAUUGGAUGCACCUGAAGCUGGAGAGGUCAAGAUCCGAACAUUGCAUGCUCUGUUUCCUUCGACUACACCACAAAACGCGGUUGCGCUCGCUCGAUCAUCUGAAGCACUGCAGGGGUUUCUCUGCGCACUGCCUGCUGGGAGGGACAAUGCUGAAACACAAAAUCUUCAGUUCGAUCUGGUGAAGCUCGAUGUCACCUCUCAGGAUACUAGUGAUAAAUUGUUGUCGGGAUUGACCGCGACAUUAUCACUCUUGGGACCAGAAGUUCACUCGGGUCUCGAGUCGCUGGAAAAAUUAGCCAUGAAGAGCCCUUCUACUGUUCAGGCCUUCAUGGAAACUGGAUCCGGUAGAGAGCUGCUACCAAGCGUGUUGCGCUUGGAACAGUCCCCAGAUGAUGGGGUGGCCGAGAAAGCAAGUUCUCUAUCCAGUCGACUGUCGUCUGCCAUGGGCGAAGCGGCAAACGAUGCGAAGUACAGCAUGUUGAUGCAGAACUUGGAGCAAGCUUCACGCAGCUCACUCACCAUGGAUGCUCUGAUCGACCUUGCGAACAAGAUCGUUGAUGGCUCAGAAAGUUCCGAUGGCAAGGAGUUGAUGCCUAACAUUGAGGUGUGGCAACGGUCCAUAUCGGCGGCUACGAAGCCGCCUACAGCGUCUUUGAGCAUGUUGAGCCCACUUGGUGGAGCAGUGCAUCUGGUGCAAUCCGAUGCAACCAACGCUAAUGACGCAGUUCAAUAUGAUGGCGAAGGUCUUUCUCAGGCUCUCAGAAUUGCCAUGUAUCUCGCGAAGAUGCUGCUCAGACCUGAAUUUGCGGCCAAACUGGGAAACGAUCUGAACACGAUCCUUGCACUUCUGGACAUCUGCGUGCAACUCGCAGAAGACAACACGAGCAUCGUGGGGGGUAACAGGCUAUGGAUUCCAACAGCAGGCGAAGCCGUGGACACGGAGGUCAUGGACUUUGUCUCAGAUGCCAAUUCAGCCCUCAAGAAAUACUGGGAGAGCUUGCCGGUUGGAGCGGCUGACAAUGAGCGGGUACCAUUCUUUGCUGUACUUGAUGGUCUCCGAACUCAACACCAUCACGCAUCGCCCAUGGCCUACUACGUCAAUGUAGUACUUGCCAAAGCGUACGAAAACUUGUUCGAGAUACACGGCUACUCGAGUGAACAAGCGAAGACAAGUGACGAUGCAAUCAAAUCGAUGCGAGCUGCGAAAGAUACUGUUGCUCUUGUAUCUUUUAUUGUUGGCUUUGGUCAUCCGCUCUCAGGCAGCAAAGCCCUCACGCGACUUUGCAAUGAGCUUGUUGCGGACCUCACAGAACUGAAAGUCGAAAACAGAGAGCAGGCUGCGCUGGAGCUGCUUGUUCUCCUGAAUUCGAUUUUGCAAACCCAAGAAGGCGUCAUCGCCACAGUCCAAAAGACAAGAGUAAUCUUCUUCACGAAGCAUAUCUUGUCUUGGCUAGAAGCCGAUGCAUGGCUGCCCCUCAAAGCUGAAGUUUGCAAGACAUUGUCGUAUCUCACGUUACACAUUGCCGACAUGUACGGUGAACACUGGGCCCAAAUUCUCCGCUUCCUCACGACAUCUUGGGGCUCUUCUCCAUUGUUUGCAACAUUGUCAGACGAGCCCGUCAUUUCCGAAUCUGGCGUCUUGUUGCUUCAUGCGUCGCUCAAGCUGUACGGCGCUUUGUAUAAGCUUAGCAAAUCGGAAGAGCCCAACGAUGAUCUCGUUGAGGCAUUACAGGAGAACAAGACUCAGCUGCAUGAGGGACUCAUUGCGGUGCUGAAAUCCUCGAGCGGUAUGUCGGAUGAAACUCAUCAGCCUCUGAUGGUGACAAACGAACUUCUGGCUCGAGAAUUGUCAAGAGUACCGUUCAAGCCUAUUCCGGAUGUCGAAGAGCUGUUUCCACUACUCUACACGCCUUCGCAUGCGGUACAGGGAGCUGCUUUUGAUCUCCUCCACAGGCAGAUCCCGGCGGCACAAGAGCAGAUCUCCUUCGAUGCUGCUUUGGACGACAAGACUGCUCAGCUACCAGAUGAGCUGCUGUCCCUCGUCAUCGAUGCGCCCACGCUGGACUCACUAGCAGAUGCCUCCUUCGAGAGAGCGAUGCCAUUGUCGCUGCAAGGCUUUCUGUACAGUUGGCGCGUACUGUUUGAUCACUUCAGCGGCUCUAGCUACCGCGUUAAGAGCGAUUAUGUUGAGCAGAUCAAGGAGGGGGGGUACCUGAAGGGACUGCUGGAUCUGAUCUUUGAUUUUCUGGGCCACACACGUGGAAGACCUGUUGACGCGUCCAAGUUCGAUAUCCAGGAAUUCGUUGCCGACAUGGAUUCCAGCCCCGAGAAGGACGUGCAGUGGCUUUUGUCACAUCUCUAUUAUCUUGCUCUUUCGCACCUGCCUAGCUUGGUCAAGAGCUACUUCCUCGACAUUCGAUCUCGACAGACUUCCCAAGCUAUCGAGAGCUGGACAGCCAAGUACAUCUCGCCACUCAUUGUGUCAUACAGUCUUCAGUCUGUUGCCGAAUGGGCCGAGAAGAGCGUCAAAGACGACCCGGAUUACGAGAACAUGACAGUCAAAGUCGGCAUGCGUAGCAAAGAAAUCAACGUCAGCUACCUGGUGGACGAACAGACGAUGGCGAUCAAAGUCAUUCUGCCGGAUACCUAUCCGCUCGACUCAGCCAAAGUCGUCACCGUCCACCGCGUCGCUGUAAAGGAGGAAAAAUGGCAGAGCUGGCUGAGAAAUUGCCAGGGCGUCAUCACUUUCUCGGUAAGAUCCACAUUUGCAAAGGAUUGCGAUAUCCUACUAAUGAAGCUUUACAGAACGGCAGUAUCACAGACGGCCUCUCUGCCUGGCGCAAAAACGUCACCGGCGCUCUCAAGGGCCAGACCGAAUGUGCCAUCUGCUACUCCAUCAUCAGCGGGGAUAAGCAGCUUCCCACCAAGCGCUGUCCGACUUGCAAGAAUUUGUUCCAUUCGAGCUGUUUGCUCAAGUGGUUCAAGACUAGCAAUGCCAGUACCUGUCCGCUUUGCAGGAAUCCGUUCAAUUUCAAUUGA